CCAGCUCCCUCAGCCGCUCCUGGGGCUCCAGACCCUUCCCAGCUCUGUUCCCUGCCCUGGACGCUCUGGGUCGGUUUCACUGAUCAGGUCCCUCAGUGCUGGGCUGUCCUGGCUGGAAUGGUGCCGAGGGAAUUCUCCGGGCUGCCCAGCUCUCUGUGCUUUCAUUCCUGCUUCACGCUGGGGAGAUCAGCAGGCCCAGCGGCUCCAGCCAUGGUUUGGCUCCCGAUGCCUUUCCUUGUCUCUCAGGAGUUCUCAGGGGGGUUUGUGUAUUCAGGGAUGAGUUCUGGGUGAUUUCUGAAUCCCGAGGCUGCCGUGAGAUCCACAUUGGGUGUUUGUGAUGGUCACAGAUUCUACCAGAGGUUUUCUGGCGGAGGAGGAUUCAGUCAUGGAUCAGGAGAGCUGUGGUUGAUAGUAGAGCAUAGGGUGUAUUUCCUGGCAGUUUGCAUGUCCACGAUUAUCUCUACUCCAGGGAAUAUUACAUAGUGGGUGAAAAGAGUUCCCAGAAACAAUUACUGUCAAACAGAAAGGGUUUUUUUUCUGCCACUAUGGAAAGCUUCUGGUUUAGGAUAAAACCUCAGAUCAUGAGAUGGCUUGAACUGAAAUUCUGGUCAGAAUUCCUCCAAAUUCAACAUCAAUUUCUUUAUUUCCUUUAGAUGAUGAUAAUGAUAAUAAUGAUGGUUAUUGUAUAUUAUCUAGAUUAUAGGUUACUAUAUAUUUAUUAUCAUCAUUACAAUUAUUAUUUUAUUAUAGUUUUCAAAUAACCCAUGGAAUGAAUGCAGCUGUAUCAAAUAAAUAUGUAUCAACUACAAUCAUCAAUUAAUUUUAUUUUGACCCUGGGUGCACGUUUCCAAUUGACAAGAAAUAAUUACUUUGCUACUUCCUGGAUCCAACUGAACCCAUUAAAAUAAAUUCUUUUGGUUCUCUGGAGUGGCCCAUAAUCCCUGGUUAUUUAUUCACAUUUGUAGAUGAAAGUUGUGCCUAGAAGAACAGUUGCGAGUGAAGGUAGAUGGAAAAGUAGCUCAUUGUUCCUUCUGACAACUUUGCAGGAAAAUUGAGCCAAUCUGUGUCUUUGGUCUCGACUGAUGUAUUUUUUAAUGGCACUGUCAGGAUUUGUGUGGGAAUCAUGUGCUGGUGUUUGCAUUGGAUUUGGUGAAUGAAUUUAUUUGGCAGAAAUAAAUAUUCCUAUUUCCUGAAAAUAUUCCAAGGGUGGUUUUGUUAAUGCAAGCAUAAAGGACAGAAGGUGAACAUUUGAAUACUCAGUAUUUUGUGUUUUGUGCUGCUUACUGAGAGUAAUGAACAGAGAGAGAAGUUUGGACAGUAAAACUGGUGUGUCUGGUUAAGAAAACAGGAAUUCUGGUGAACUGAAGGAAAUGUAGAUUAUUAUUUUUAUUUUUUCUGUUUUGAAAUAAGUAAUUAAAGAAAUAACUCUCCCAGUUUCUUUCUGUUCUCUCUGCUUUCUUGCCUUCCUUAAUGCCACAUUCAUAGGGAGGUGUUGGUGUUGCCACACACAGACUGUUCUCCAAAAGAAAUCUCCUUUUUGGGCAAAAAAAAAGUGAUCUGGUUAACAGGUCCCUCUGUGAAUGUCACAGAAUUUUAUUUGAUUGUUUUUAUUGAAUUUGAUAAUUUCUCUGGUGAUGUUAAAUAAGAUUUUUUUCCAGGCCACCUUUUUUUGGUCUUCUGUGAGUUUAUUUCCUUCAAGGUUUGUUCAUGGAUCUGCCUUAGGCCUUUCUAAAGUAUCAUAACAACACAAUUAUUUCUGAGUGUUUGUAUAUGAGACUUGAGGAGAUCUAUUCUUACGGGGUUGGAAGUGAAGGAGCAUGAAGAGGAGAAAGAAAACUCUACUCCAAUAACUAUGGGAGAAGUUCCCAAGGACAACCCGGUGGAGGAACAAGCCUCUUUGGAGGGUUCUUCUUGGUGCCAGUUUGCAGCCCUAGUUAGUUGGGGGUGUAGCAUUGCAGGCUGUAUGUACCGAGUCAUUCAGACAACGGGACCAGAUGGAAAAAACCUUCUGAAAUUGCUUCCCAUUUCUAAAACUUCUGGAAGCUUUGUGCCAAUAGUUCAGUCUCCAGCCAUGCCAAAUAAUUCUAACGCAGAUGUUUCUAGCCCAGUCCAUCUUAAUUUUAAGACACAGAUUGGCAAUACUGCUGCACCUUCAUCUGUUAAGAUACCGAUUUUUCAGCCUUCUAAUCCUGGAGAGAUUAUUCUCACAAGGACAUUAGACAAGCAGGAAAGUGCUAGGGUGGGUUCUGAAAAGGAAAGCUUGAUUCCAAGUGCACCUGCCAAUGCCCAGAGCAGCUCUGUGCCCAUGGAUGGAGUGUCCUUGCAGAACGUGGCCAUCACAAGCUCCUCUCACCAGAACAGCACAACCUACAUGGUGGUGAACACCAAACCCCUCCCAGUGACUGUCAAGUCUCCAGUGCUGCCCUCUGGACACCACCUCCAGAUUCCAGCUGAUGCAGAAGUGAAAUCUGUCCCAGCGUCUCUUUUGCCAACUGCAAUACAGCAAAAAAUCCUGGCAGCUGCAGCCACCAAUGUGUCUGGAGGGGCUGAGAGUACAAAAACACCAACAGUGAUUUACGUGUCACCCGUGAACACAGUGAAAACCUCCCAAGUCCUGCCCAAGCGCUUGCAGAGCUUUUGUCCCAAACCUGCCACAGAAGUUUCAAAGACACUGAUAGUGACAGCUGCCCAAAAGGGAUCUGGUUCUUCUCCCGAACCAGUCACAUCCAAGGGGCAGCAGUGCCAGCAGACUCCCUUGAAAUGGAUUGUGCAAGAAACUGCCUCGCUCUCAGCAGCUUGUCUUAUCCCUGUAAAGUCUUCAAAUAAUGUGGCUUCCAAGAUCCUGAAAACUUUGUCAGACACAAAGAAUGUAGAAGUUAACCCUGCAAAUAUUUUGCCACUCUGUUCUAAUGGUCCUGGUGGAAGCCAAACCAAAAUCACACCUUUAAAAGAUAAUGCUCUGGUCAUGUACAAUGGGAAAGUCUAUUUAUUGACCAAAAGAGGCUCUGAUGUUCUGUCAGCCCAGGCUGACAAGCAGACAUCUUCCUCUUCUGAUGCUUUAUUUAAAAAGGAGACACCCAAGCAAAUUGAUUCUACUGAAGUCAAUAAAAUAACCAGCAAAGUGGUGAAUCUGGUGUUGUCAAAAAGCAAAGGAGUGGUGCUGUCUCAGAAAGACCCAAAACCAUGUACAGUUUCCAAAAAUUCAUCACCAGUUAGCUUAAGAAACAACUUAAAAUCCACACCUGCAGCUCUGCUGACACCGAGUGCUAAUCAGGAGGAUCCCACUGUAAUCCAAAAACAGAGUUUGCCCGUCACCAAGAGCAUUUCUUGCAGUGAAGUGAUCCCAGUUCCAGCAGUAGGGAUGCAGGAAAGUGUGUGGCAAACUGGCAAAGACAUGAGUCAUUCCCCAAGAGCAGCAGGGGCUGUGUUACUUCAGGCUAAGCAGGAAUGUGCUGUCAGUGAAGACUGGCCAAAGAUCAAAUGUGUAAAGAUGGAUUCACCAGGAAAGAUUAUUCAAAUCAAACACCAAGAGCACCGACACUGGAGACAAUACUCGGAAUUAAGGAAAAAAUUUGGUCUCUUUAAGGAGGAGAGAGUUUACCUUACAAGAGUACCAUUAAGGGCCUCAUGUGAGAAUCCAGACGAAAGGGUUUGUUCCAGUGACAGCUUGGAAAAGAAAAAUGAGUCUUGCAGUUCAUCCUCAUUGGAUGUGGAAGUAAUCAGUCAUCAUCAAGAAUAUGUUAAAGAAGAAAAGAUAAUUCUGGAUCUGGAAGAGGAUUUGAUUAGGAAAAGGAAAAUAAAAUCCUCACCUUUGUCACACAGUGGCAAGAGGAAGAGAACUUCGAUCAAAUCAGCCACAAGUCCCAGUUUAGAGAUCACCAGCUCAAGUUCCAGUGCACUUAACAGAACUGUUUCACCUGCACCAGCCUCACCACAGCCAAGUGUUCCCACUGGCUUUGUUGGAGUGUCCCCGGAGAGGGAUUUGGAGCAAGACACAUUCCCCCAAUACAGUGACACUACGCACCCAGAAAUUUCAGGUUUAGUGACUUCUGAAGAGGAUACUUCCAUUCUGGAAGGUUCUUUCCGAGAUGAUGCUUUCCCAAUGGCUCCCCCAGACUUGGAUGAGACAAUACGGGAUGAAAAAAUCAAGCGACUGAAGCAGGCCCUGCGGCAGCAGAACGCAGCGCUGGAGGAAAUGCGCCGGGAAAUGCAUCAGAGCUGAGGCACCUGCCCUGGGGAUCCCAACUUCUUGCAUCACCUCUUCAGUGACUUCAAGAGGAAAUCCCAUGCUUAAAUGAGUAUUUCUAGUAGAUGGAAGAACUAGAUGAAGUUUAAGUGUGUGUGUAUUUAGAGAAGUGUAGGUUUUUGUUAAAUGCCAGAAAUAAGGGACUUGGACCAUCAAAUUCUACUUCUGGGACGUGAUGCAAGAGUACAGACAAAGGGCAUCUUUACUAGCAUAUUCCCCAUAUUUUGAAUUUAAGGGGUUCUGUAUUAGUCUCAGCAAAUAAACUUUCCCCUUUCGAAUUCCACAGCCUGGCUCUUUAGAGCUGCAAACCCUAGUUGUAGAUACUUUUUUGUUUGUUUUUCUCAUGUGCAUGAGAACUUUGAUGAAUGCCUGAGAGCUGUUAAUUUUCAGAAGAGGUCAACAGUUGGUGGUUAAUAAAUGCUAUUUAAAGAAUCUGGGAAUUAGACUUCAGACAGUAACAGUGUAGAUGUUUAUAGAAAACCUCUUGCAGAUGUGAAGACAGAGGCAGGAGGAACCCUGUGACAGUUGUUUGGAUUCAUGGCUCUCUCUGUCACUAUUGUGAGCCUUUAUAAGGCCAUGGCCAGCUGUGCAAUGUGGAAAUUUGGUUGUGGGGUUGUUUUGGAAGGCUGGGAUGUAUUUUUUUUAACAGAAUUCUGUUAAUAAUAAUUUCUUGAAACUAAAA